CCAAAUUUGGCAACGCAACUCCAACCACAACAGUUGUCACCUUUACCAGGAGACAAAAACGAGCUCAUUCCUGUGGGCCCCACCCAAGACUUAUCCCGCCAACUUCCAAAAGUGCAUUCAUUCUAGAACAUAGUUGCAACUACAUAACCUCGCACAACUGCAGUUAAACUACAUAAAACAACACACAUUUUACAAUCUGCGAGAGAAGCUGUGCAUCUUCACUAUGACGACGUCGUUGUGCCUUCAAUUUCCACCGACUAAGCCCAUCAGCUUCUGCACAAACCCUAGCAUAAGCUUGAGAAACCCUAGCUACUUAAAAUCAACUUUGCCUCUACUUUCGAAUUAUGGCUGUUUCUCUUCUUCGAGUCUGAGGUGUCGAAAUGAUCACGAAGCGGAGGAGGGUCAGGAGGAGGAGGAUGAAAAUGAGUGGGAAAAAUUGAUGAAGCACUGUGAUCAUAUUGAUCAGCAAGCCAAACUUCUCCCCAAAAUGAAGGCACAGUAUGAUCAUGCCAUGGAUAUAGGGGAUUAUGAAAAUGCUGUAAGACUUCAAGUGGCAAUCACAGAAGCUACUGAGAAUGACGAUGUUGCCAGAGCGAUGUCUAAUUUUAAUAAAGCUGUUGAGGAAGAGCGAUAUGAGGAUGCAGCAUUCUUGCGGGAUAAUACUGGUGCAGGACUGGUGGGGUGGUGGGCAGGUUUUUCAGACGGAGAUCCUUACGGUCACAUUAUUCAUGUAACCGCGGACCAUGGAAGAUUCAUUGCCAAAAGUUACAGUCCUUGGCAGCUUGCAACCGCCAAAGACGGGACCCCACUUUUUGAGAUAUAUGCCUCAACCUGCAAAGAAGGAAAAUUUAAAGAGCAGGUUAUAUACUUAAUGCAUAUGUUUAAGGAAGAUUCCGGAUAUACUUAUCAGGCGAGAAUUAUGAAUCUUGUUGUGUGUCUUUCUCACUUGGAACCGGAUUUCAGCCAGGAUAUGUGGAUUGAGACUCUCUGGAGAUAUUCGCGAGCAUCUGGGAUGAAUUAUACAAUAGAGGAAUUUAGGGAAAUUUACAUAGACUAUGAAAAGAGCAUGACGAAGGAUGGAAAAGCAAGGGAGCUUGCAAAGCUUUCAGAGGAAGAGAAAGAGAAAGCUGUGAUUAACCAUGUAUUUAUUUUAGGUAACAGUUUUGAGAAAGCGCCGGAGAAACUUAAUGAUUUUCUUCGUCUACCAGCUAAAUUGGAUAGAAAAGCUUGCUUCUCAUUCUCUCUGACUGUGAAUAUAAACAAUGAACAUGCUUAUGGAGAAUAUUUUCCAUAUCGUAAUCUGGACCUUAUCAUCCACGAUUAUGUAGACUGUAUUGGCAGGGGGAUAUUUAAGGAGGAGAAUGAACUUCAUGAUAGUUUAUGGCCGUUUGUUCUCAGUCAUGCCCGAAAUGAGCAACCACGACUAUAUGGAACAACAAACUUCAACCGAAUAGAAGUUCCAGCAACUUCGGAUCCUCUAAAUGGACUAUACAUUGGAUCAAACGGUUUCCUUGCUACAGAGGUAGUUCAGCUGAGGCGUAAGUUUGGUCACUGGCAUGAGGAUGGUGGCAAUGAUGAUGUUUCAGAGCUUGAGAAAUGCGAUUAUGUGGAAGUUUUGAAAUUGACUGGUGAUCCUAAUGUGCCAGCUGGCCAGGUAGCAUUCAGAGCCAAAGUUGGGAAGAAAUAUAAGCUUUCUCCAUGGCCAGUGCUAGAAAAAACACAUGGAGCGGUUGCUCGCUAUAUGGGACGGGGAAGGCUGACUGGUUUCCAGAAUUCUGAAUGGGUUGAUGCUGAACUCAUUAUUCUCGGAGGAGUGUAUCGCGAAGAUGGAUUCACUUUUGGGAUUCUGUAUUAUGCUCCAGAAUAUUACUUCCUGAAGUUGUUUCAGCAGUUGACACUGCCGGGCUCUUGAGUAUAUCACUGAUCUAUUCUCUCUGAAGUACUUCAUUUGCCCUUUUCAACCUAGCAUAUUUCAUUGGAAGUUAACAAAGUAAUAAAUCGAGCAAUUAAGAAUUUUAACAGGCCUCACAGGAUUUAUCAUGAGUUCCGUAAUCAUACACCUGCUUCUGUUCCCUGUUCCCGUGGAUGUGAUCGUGUUUUCUACAUAUCUAGUGAUAUAAGAAUGAUAGAGGUGGUAUAAUCAUCAGAAGAACAAUAGUAGGAUGGUUCGUUUGCUGAAGAUAUUAGCAUUUGCGAAAAAUUAACUUCUGUUAUCUGUAAUCUGUAUGUAUGUGAAGUCUUGUGUAUUUGGAUGGUCUUGAAGGGACAUGUUGAGUA